AUGGCUCCAGGUAAGAAAGUCGCUCCAGCUCCAUUCAGCUCGAAGAGCACCAAGUCGACCAAGGCUAAGAACCCUCUGGUCAAUGCCACCCCAAAGAACUUCGGUAUUGGUCAGGCCAUCCAGCCAUCCAGAAACUUGUCCAGAUACGUCAAGUGGCCAGAGUACGUCAGAUUGCAAAGACAGAAGAAGAUUUUGUCCUUGAGAUUGAAGGUUCCUCCAACCAUUGCCCAAUUCCAGUACACUUUGGACAGAAACUCCGCUGCUGAAACUUUCAAGCUAUUCAACAAGUACAGACCAGAGACCGCUGCUGAGAAGAAGGAGAGAUUGACCAAGGAGGCCGCUGCCAUUGCCGAAGGUAAGACCAGAGAGGAAGCCUCCCCAAAGCCCUUCGUUGUCAAGUACGGUUUGAACCACGUCGUCUCCCUUGUUGAAAACAAGAAGGCCAAGUUGGUUUUGAUUGCCAACGACGUCGACCCAAUUGAAUUGGUCAUCUUCUUGCCAGCUUUGUGUAAGAAGAUGGGUGUUCCAUACGCCAUCGUAAAGGGUAAGGCCAGACUAGGUACUCUAGUCAACCAAAAGACCUCCGCCGUCGCCGCUUUGACCGAAGUCAGACUAGAGGACGAAUCUGAGUUGGCCAAGUUGAUCUCCACUGUCAACGCCAACUUCUCCGAGAAGUACGACGAUGUCAAGAAGCACUGGGGUGGUGGUGUCAUGGGUAACAAGGCUCAAGCCAAGAUUGCCAGAAAGGCCAAGGCUGCCGGCUCUGUUUAA